AAUGACACGGCGUCGGUCCUCUUUUGCAUCGUUUCGACAAUGUUCCUGAUUUAAAGUAUUAUACAUUAACAAAGUGGUGAUACUACUGAAUCAAAGUGUGAAUCGAGCGUUGAGGAAGAUCGUCGAGAGUCCGAAGAGGAAAGUGUUUACGAGGACAGGAAGAGCCGAUAGCGAGCACGAGCAUGAUAGAUUUGUUAGAUCGCGGGGCAAGAGACGCCGUGCGACGACCUCUGAGGUCGAGUUCCACUCGCUUUUCCUCCGUUUGUCAGUUUGCCAGCCAAACCUGAUCCAAUCAUCAGCGAGUGUGCAACUACUUUCCGUCGUUUCACGGGAAAUACAAAACGAGAGGUGAAGAGGAGAUGAGCGCUAGGCAGUCGAGGAGAGACUCGGAUGCCCUGCUGUCCAAGUUCGGGCACAAGGAGCUGCUGUUCAAGUUCCUGGUGAUCGGUGACUAUGGCGUCGGGAAAACAGCAUUGGUUAGGAGAUACACAGAAGGAAAGUUCACAUCGAAUUACAAGAUUACCAUAGGAGCCGAUUUCGCAAUAAAAACAUUCGACUGGGAUCCGCUUACUAAAAUUAAUUUGCAAUUAUGGGACGUCGCUGGCCAUGAAAGGUUUGGCUACAUGACCAGAGUUUAUUAUAAAUAUGCAGUGGCUGCAGCUUUGGUUUUCGACAUCUCGCGAAUAGCGACGUUUCAAUCGAUUAAAAAAUGGUUGUGCGAUUUAAGGGAGAAAGUUACGCUUCCAGAUGGUUCAAACAUACCUGUGGUUCUCUUGGCGAACAAAUGUGAUAUUCCUUUCCCGGUAGUGCCCAUUGAACAAAUCGCCAAGUUUUGUAAAGAGAAUGACAUUGGCGCUUGGUAUAUAACAUCUGCGAAAGAAAAUACAAAUGUUGAUGUGGCGAUGCGUUAUCUCGUGGACAACGUGCUCAAAAGUAAACUGGAUGGAGGAAUCCGUGAUUCUGUCCGAUUACGAGACAAGCCAAUGAUUUGUGAAAAGAGUGGGUGUUGCAAAUCGUAAUUGUAGUUUGAAAAUAUCAAAUAUCCAUGUCAUUCAUUCUGAUAACGCACAUCCGAAAAACUUGGUUUUUAUAUUUGAUAUUAAUUUAUCCGCGAUGCAUAUGUUUUAAUAUGUAAUUUGUACGUCUAUGUUAAUCGUAAAUAUUACGUCACAAAUAUGCACAAUUAGAAUAUUCUUAAAUAUAUCAGAUAUUAAAUCUUAGGAAUAUGAUAAAUUUAUAUAUAAAUAUAGUGUAUUUAUUUUAAAAUAUAUGCAUGAUGAAGUUUUAUGAUGA